AUGGAAGAAGUGAAGGUGCAUGGGUUUUGGGCUAGCCCUUUUAGCCACAGAGUAAUAUGGGCUCUGAAACUAAAGGGUGUGAAGUAUGAGUACAUGGAAGAAGACCUCCAAAACAAGAGUCAACUGCUCUUACAGUAUAAUCCCAUUCACAAGAAGGUCCCUGUGCUUGUUCAUGGUGGUAAACCAGUUGUGGAGUCCCUCGUCAUUCUUGAAUACAUCGAAGAGACGUGGCCGGAGAGCCCAUUGCUGCCAGAAGAUGCUUAUGAGAAAGCCAUGGCUCGAUUUUGGAUCAAAUUUGCAGGAGAGAAGGGUCGUACCUGUUUUAAUCCCUUCCUUUUAACCGGUGAGGCACAAGAGAAAGCGAUCGAAGAAGCAAUGGAAGUGUUGAAGAUUGUAGAAGAGAAAGGCCUUGGAGAUAAGAAGUUCUUUGGAGGUGAAGCCAUAGGACUAGUGGACAUAACAUUUGGGUUGUUUGGUUACUGGUUAGAGUGCUUUGGAGAAGCAGUAGGGGUGAAACUGCUGGAACCAAGCAUUUUGCCUCGAUUUUGUGCAUGGGUUCAAAAUUUUAAGGAAGUUGCAGUGAUCAAAGAAACUCUUCCCGAUCGCGAAAAAUAUAUGGCAUAUUGUAGAUGCUUGAUGGAGAAACAUAUGAAAAAUUCAGCAAAGUAGCACCUGGCUAGAAAAUCAGCGUGUUGUGAGGGAUUUAAUAAAGGAGAUCGAAUCACAAAAGCAGCUCUCAAGAAAAAGAACUGUUGGUGAAUUUUGAUCCAUAUGAAUGCUAAAUUUGUUUAAUUACCUAUGUUUAAAUGUGUGAUGAUAUUUAAGUCUACGUACUGAAGGUGAUAAAAUAAAUAAAUUGUGUUUUUAAGAGGUAAUAUAUAUUAUAAAAUGUAGAAAAAUAUGUAUAGAUAUUUUGUUGUCUGUUUUCAGACUUUUUGCGGGGAUUUAGAUGGUUUUUUUACAGCCAUUGCCAUUUGCCAUUUGCCUAGUUAAUAAAAAAUAGUCACUCAGCAUUGGACACAAGUACAAUAUUAUUUCAUAUGAAUGCUAGAUUGAGUUACUCUGUUUCUUUUUCUUUUUUUUUUUCUUUUUUUUUUUUUUAAUGCUAUCUCCUUAGUUUGUGUUAUGGGUGCACACGUUUGGAUGGAAUCGAUUUACUAAUAUUUUGAAACUAAUACGAACAUAUAAAAUAUAUAUAUAUAUAUAUAUUUGAAACCCAAUCAAUCCGAUCAUAUUGUCUAAACUGAACUGAUCAAGACGGUUGG